AUGAAUCCGGUGAUGAAAAUCAGUAUACUGCUCUUCGUGACUUUAUCCUUUAUCUGCUUUGUGGAGGCUCUGAAAUGCUUCCAGUGCCCUUUGUUCAACUCUAAGGGGAGAUGUUUUUACCAAGAAGCCACCUGUGAGACCCAAAAUAACCAAGUAUGUGUCUGGUGGGCAAAGUUUGCAGGUGGCAGGUUACUGUAUGGGUUCCAGGAAUGUUCUCACAUAUGUGUUAAUCAAACACUGAUCUUGGGAAAUAAUAGAAUUGAAAUGAGAUGUUGCAAUGACAAAUCUUUCUGCAACCAGUUUUAG